GUACACCCCCAAAGAAAUUGCCUAUCAGUUGAACGAUUCUCACGCUAGGACUCUAUUCGUGCAUGCAUCGUUCCUGGAGAAGGCCCUGGAGGCAAGCAAGCUACUCGUAGACAACCACCCCCUGAAUACCAUUGUUGUGGUUGACAGUGAUUCGUCGACAAACCUUUCUGCCGAAGGUAUCAGCAUACACCGAUAUGAAGAUCUGGCAAGUGCAGAAAACAUUCUGUUCCCGCGUAUCGAUGUCGACCCGAAACAUGACAUCGCUCUGCUGCCUUACAGCUCAGGCACUACGGGGCGACCAAAGGGAGUAGUGCUCACACAUGAGAAUCUGGUUGCCAAUGUGACGCAGGUGGUGGAUGGAGAGGGAG